AGACCGUCGACGGUUGGGCCGUUCCCGUCAGUUUGUGUUUGGCCGUCGUUCGCGCGGCUCUUCCCGUGCGAGUCACAAGCAAACAAACCUCCGCCGGAGCAACCGCAACGCGCGCGUAUUCUUAUUACUCGGAUGAAGAUUUUUCUCGUUUAAACCCGUCCGACUUUUCAUGUGACAUUUGUGUUUGUACUGCUUGCGCACAUUUAGAAAAAAAAAAAAAUUGUUUUACACAUUUCUCGGUUCGAAAUGUUUGUCGUGUACCGCGACUGGCGGACGCGUCGUCCGCACCGUACGGUCAACCGGACCAAACGGUGAAGAGUCCAACUGAAACAUUGGGGUCGUUGCAGCACGUAGUGUACCCUAACGGCCGCCGACCGUCGAACACCUUACUCGGUACGGUUUUUUACGUUCUAAACGACUCGAGGAGAAGAUAGCCAAAGGUCGACGGUAGGUCUACCCGUGCAGACAUGGUGUGUGGCCGACGACAACGACGCCGCCGCUACGCACCUGAAUCCUCACCUGCUGCAUGAGUCGCGUUCAACCGCUUACGUUAACAAAAAUAAUCCAGAGUGCUUUCGUUCUAUUAAUGGUGGUGUUGUGCGACAUUUGGAGGUGUGGCCCUGGUUAUGGAUUUGGGGUCCGACUGUACAAUGACUGCAGCAGUCGAAAUGUCAGGGUUGACUUCCGAGGACGAGUCCUCGCUGACGAUGAGACAUCCAACGCAUUUCAAAAUCUGACUGUCAAAUCUUUGGACUUCAGUGUUCGGCUGACUAUAUUCGCCGAGAAGUCACAUCGAUAUUUGUGUUUCAAUAACAAAUGGUCUCUCGUUGGAUCGAAACAUUUUCGGGGUCCGAUGUGUCUGUUCUACGAAGAGAUGCUGUCUACCGGGUACACUCGAUACAAGUCAGUUGCCGAUCAAUCUCGUUACAUCGGGUUCAACCGCCGCGGUCGACCUAUGCGAAAACAUUCGUACCUCAACGAUCCUCUCAAUCGGUGUCUGAACUUCCUCAAGCUUGACACUAAGUUCGACAUUGACGAUCAUAACCGGAAGGUUGCGUCGGGCAAAGGCGGUAAGCGUAAUGGCAUGGUAGCAAAAAAAUUGGCGGUCAACAGUUACAAUAAUAGAAGACCACCAAUCUCUGUUAUGUUGACCUCGACGACCACCACAACAACCACCACCACCACCACCACCACAACUCCACCAUCAUCAUUUGCCGAAAGACACAACAGAAUAAGAUUCAGACAUCACCGACGUAACAGACACCACCCCGAAACCCUUCAGUCGCUAGGUCAAGACUAAUAUCAUUAUGUAUAGUAUUAAAAACAAUAUUACUAUGAUGAAAACGAAACCUCUAUUGUUAUUUUUUAACGUCGUUGUAAUAAUUUUAAAUGUCAUUAUUAUUCCUAGUAAGUAGAUGUUCUCAGCACGGCUGGACGACGGGACCUCGAGUAUUCUCGGCCUCAAUUCCUACAGCCCAAAAGUCAACCCUUAGCUCCGCGUUUUCAAUGCGACCGAUAAAAAUGGCCUUGGCUUUGAAGGUUUUGUUUGAUUGCGUUUAUAAAUACGUUCAUUGGCGUUGUACUGUUAGACAGCUGACGAUCAUAGUCUAUUUAUCAUGUAAAUAAAUGAUCGCACAUAGAAUUUUCAAUAGGUUCGAUGCUUCCUCGGAAUGAAAACGCCAAUUACCGAAAGGCGCAUAAGGGUUGACUUUUCUGUAGAGAUGUAUACUUGAUACAAGUGAUCAUUUUAUACUAUAUUUUUCUUAAAUAUAUUCUCUUAUUUAAGGUUACUGUAAUUUGGUGAUCUUUAUACCGUUUAAUGCUGCCAGAAUAUUCGUUUUCUCAGUUUUCGCUCCAUUCCCCACGUUUUUUGUGAAUACACUUUUUUAUUAACAAUUUUUCUGUAUCUAAUAAAAUAAUUGGCAAACAUUAUUCAUCAUAUGAAUGUAACGUUUCGAUGAGUAUUAAAAAAAUAUAAUUACUUUAUUUUUAAAACUUAAGUCACAUGCCGGUUUUAUAAACUGUGUUCUUAUUUUGUAUCAUAAUAAUGUAAUAAUUUGUAUGAGAUAAUUAUACGCAAUCCUCAUAGAUUCAGAACGACCAGAUAAUGAAACUUGAAUGUUUUUAUAUAAAAUUGAAAUGUUUAAAUAUGUUUUUUUUAUCACUCAAUGAAUUGUUAUUGAAGUUCAUCGCACAUCAUUAUUUUUUUAUAUUUUCACAAACCGAUAUUUUGUAAAUUUUUUUUUUUUUAAUUUUUUACGCAUGAAUAUACUCAAUCGGCCGUAGGAUAAUAUCAUCCCUAGGCUUGAGCUAACAUUCCAUUCAUCAUGUUACCAACUUACAUUUAGGAUUAGCACUAAAAAUAAUCUUUUAAACUAUAAGAGAUUCCAUCGAUAUGGGCGCUGUUCAUUACGUGACAAGAAUGGUGGCGAAUCCUCCACAAGCUAUUUUUAUUAUUUUAUUUUUAUUAUUAUUACGAUUAGAAAUCUAAUAACGUCUGUGUUAAGAAUGCACUAUUGAGGUGGCGGCAACAACAUAAGACGAUAUUGUUUAAAUUGUCACGAACAACAGUAUAGUAAUUAUGUUUAGUACACGUUAAAUCUAGUCAACCAUUUUCUUUUCGUAUAGUAAUUUGAUAUUUAGAGAUCAGACUUUUGAAUAUUAAACAUUGUCAUAGUAAUCCCGUGUUAGAGUUUUUGUGCGUUUAUGAGUGUGUGCGUUUGUGUGUGAAUGUAUGAAUACAUAUUCUUAUUCAAAUCGAUCCCCUUAUAUGAAGCCCUAAAAUACAGUAAUUAUAAUUAACAGUUAUUCAUACUUAAUAUACCGCAAAGUAUUAUAAUAAUAGUAAAAAUUGAUUUAUAAUUUAUUAUAAUUUUAUAAUAAUAGUUUGAUGUGACUGUCAUGUCAAAAUAAUUACUUGUAGGUUUUCUUGAAAUUCGUUUAGUUUUUAAUUUUAAAUAAAAACAAUUUAGUUUCGAGAAAUAAAAAUUGUUCAUAAGACAUUUUUUUCAAUCUUUAAUGAAUCUCAAUAUAGGCUCAUGCCAUAAGAGCAUCACAUCAGUAAAAUUUAUGUUAAAAAAAAACUAGCUACAUGGUAGUUAUACCAUUUUUCUUCCUCUCGCAUUACUUUUACAACUUUUAAUACAUCACAUCUUGAGUGUUAGGCUAUUUCUUCUUUCAUUACAAUAAAAUAUCAAAUAAUAAUAAAUUCUAUAUAUAUUGUUUAGUGAGAGCUAAAAUAAAGUCCAAAAAAGCCGAAGCAGCUUCAAGCUACGCCAGACUAAUGGAUAAUUAUACAAAUUUCAUUAUGUGUUCAAGUAUUUUUAUUUUGCUUAGUAUGUUUUAUUAACGUUGACGUGAUUAUUGAAAAAUAAAAACGAUAGAAGUAAUAAAUAUACAUUGUUUAGAUAAAAAUAACAUUCUGCCCAGAAUGACUCAAUAAAUAAUUCUUUAAGGUGGACGUUUUGAUUAUUAUUGUUUUUCUUGUAAAUAAUGUUUAUAUAUAAUCACUACGUGUAAAUACACAAAGAAGUUGUACCAUUAGAUGUCUUCUUGUUCCCCCCCAUUUCCUCCUAACCACCCUCUUCAUUAUUUAUUUAUUUAUUUAUUUUCAUUUUUGGUAAUUUUCUUAGAAAAUAUCUUCAAAACAACAAAAAAAAAAAAUUACAUUCAUUUAUUUACUUAUUCAAUUUAUAAACUCGGUAUAAAAAUAAGAAUAUUUGUACAUUGACUUGAUUGUUAACUCAGUACAAAUAUUUCUAAUUUGAUUUACUUUUAUUUUAAUAUUUAGCUACGUCAAGUAAAAAAUUCAUUUACAGUAACGAUGUACACGUUUUUUUUAUUCAUAAAUCAACGCCUACAAAUUUUUUCUAGUUUAAUUUUUUUAGUAUCAUGGAAUUAUACACAUAAAAUAAUACAAAAUAUUAUAUUUACAUUUUUUAACAAUAAGAAACAAACGUUAUAGCUAAAUGUCCACAUACUUGUUAUGUCAUCUCAGUUUAAAAGCCAAUAUUUUAUAACUAUUACAAAAUUUUGUUCGUUAAACGCGUGUUUAAUGUUUUUCUGUUUGUCAUAAAAAUAUUUAUAAACCGCUGUAACUGUUUUUUUUUAAUAAAUUACAGUGUUAAACAUAGUGUAUUACACGAGUGGAAUAUUUAUCGGAACAUUUUAUAAAAUGUUUAACACCAAUAGUUCUAUUACCAGUCCCCUGCGUCCUGAAAUGCAUGUGUAAUUUGUAGAACUAAAAUUGAUGUGCAACGCAAACAGAAAAUUAACUAUAUGUAUUAGUAUGAAAAAAUGUAUAAGUUGUACUAUGUCUUAAUUACUAUUUUAAAAAAUAAAACUUAUUAAAACCAACUA